GCCCAGGACGCCCCUCUCUCUCUCUCUCUCGCUCUGCCUAUAAAGCCGCUCCAACUCUAUCUUUUUUGCUUUUCUACCAUGGGGUCGCUUCUUAAUACGUGUCGGUAAGCGAGUUGGUUUUGUUUUUACUUUCUUAAUCUGAAAUGUAUGACCGUCUGGAUCCUCGCACGGCGGAGAGAGGAAGGCUUUUUGUAGGUAUAAUACAAGGAAGCGUCGUCUGAGAGAGGGAGCGAGAGGGGGAAGGAUUGACGCUUUUCCUCCUCUCCUCCUCCUUCUUCCUUUCGCCCCCUCUCCUCCUCUUUUUGGCGGAGAGAGGGGUUGAGGCAGGAAUAAACGCUCUUUUUUGUUGUUUUUUCCCCCUUUUUUCUUUUUUAAUACAUUUGAAUCCUACUGCGCAACCAGACCGGAUCACGUGGCACUGGAGGGAGUUUGAUCGAUUUUGCACAGUUCAGUGUGAGAAAAAGAGAGAAACACACAACUCCAAUUUCUUCUUCUUUUUUUACUUCUGUGGAUAGCUGGGACUGUUGAUACUUUUGCAUUUUGUGCGAGAGGAGGGUGUGAUUGAGUUAAGUCUUCUGUUUUUCUUUUAAGCCUUGGAGGUGUGGAGUAUUAAUUUUUAUAUGCCUGGGUUUUGAAAAACAAUGGAGACGCACAUUUCGUGCCUCUUCCCAGAAAUUUUGGCAAUGAUUUUCAGUUAUCUGGACGUGAGGGACAAAGGCAGGGUAGCCCAAGUGUGCAUCGCUUGGAGGGACGCAUCCUACCACAAGUCAGUGUGGAGGGGGGUGGAAGCCAAGCUGCACCUCCGCAGGGCGAAUCCCUCCUUAUUCCCCAGCCUCCAGGCCAGGGGCAUCCGGAGGGUCCAGAUCCUGUCUCUGCGCCGCAGCCUGAGCUAUGUCAUCCAGGGAAUGCCAAACAUCGAGUCCCUCAAUCUGUCCGGCUGCUACAACCUCACGGAUAACGGGCUGGGCCAUGCGUUCGUGCAGGAGAUCCCAUCACUUCGGGUUUUGAACCUAAGUCUGUGCAAGCAGAUAACAGACUCUAGUCUAGGGAGGAUUGCUCAGUAUCUGAAGAACCUGGAGGUGCUGGAGCUUGGUGGCUGCAGCAACAUUACCAACACUGGGCUUCUGUUGAUAGCCUGGGGCCUCCACAGACUCAAGAGCCUCAAUCUGAGGUCCUGCAGACAUGUCUCAGAUGUGGGGAUUGGACAUUUGGCGGGCAUGACCCGUAGUGCAGCAGAGGGCUGCUUGAACUUGGAGUACCUGACCCUCCAAGACUGUCAGAAACUGACAGACCUGUCACUCAAACACAUUUCCAAGGGGCUGACCAAGCUCCGGGUACUGAACCUGAGCUUCUGUGGGGGGAUCUCAGACGCAGGGAUGAUCCACCUCUCACAUAUGACUUCCCUGUGGAGCCUCAACCUACGCUCCUGUGACAACAUAAGCGACACGGGGACAAUGCACCUUGCUAUGGGCACCCUAAGACUCUCUGGGCUUGAUGUUUCGUUCUGUGACAAGAUAGGAGACCAGACUCUGGCGUACAUCGCUCAGGGGUUGUACCAGCUCAAGUCCCUGUCUCUGUGCUCGUGUCACAUCUCCGACGACGGGAUAAACCGGAUGGUGAGGCAGAUGCACGAGCUGAGGACCCUUAACAUUGGACAGUGUGUGCGCAUCACGGACAAAGGGCUGGAGCUCAUAGCGGACCACCUCACCCAGCUGGUGGGCAUCGACCUGUAUGGAUGUACCAAGAUCACCAAGAGGGGACUGGAGAGGAUCACACAGCUCCCCUGCCUUAAAGUGUUGAACCUGGGACUCUGGCAGAUGACAGAGAGUGAGAAAGUGAGGUGAUUGGAAAUGCUUGGUUUUUUGUUUUUGUUUUGGGAGUGUGUGUUAUUUUUCUUUUUUGGAUGGAGACAGAGUGGGAAAAGGGAGGGAUGUGUGGGCAGAGGAGUUUCUUUUCUUAUUUAAAAAGAGAGAAAUCCUUCCUUUUUUCCCCCCUUCUGUGUAAAGUGUGCUUCUCCCAUGUGACCAGGAUGUAUGCUCAAAAUGUUUUAUUUUUCUUUCUGUUGGCCUUGCAGGACUGAAAUCAGUGUUUGACUCCAAUAUUCAGCCUGGCAGAAAGCAAUUCAAAACUUCUGUCAUGAGCUCACGAAAAUCCGUGUUAAACGCAAUGUUUUGGUCUCAAAUCGAGUUUUAAGACCUCACAAAAACUGGACUUGGGACUAGAAUAACUUCAGCUUGUUUGCCAGAUUUUGUUUCCAAUCAGGUGUCGUUUUCCCUAAUGGAAGAAUCGGCUUCUCUUCCUGACACUUGCUUCCAGAAAAUUCUGGAUGCGAAAACUUGCAUCCAUCCUUAAAAGUCAAAAACAGAGGUUUUAAAACUUUACUGUGGGACUUUUAUUUUUGCAGUGAGUCUGAGGCAUUUACGACUAAUCUCCGCUACAGCCAUCACGCCUAAAAAAAAAAACCAACAAAAAAAACCCAACACAGACACACAAAAAACAUUUGGCUACCUCGUAUGUGGUUAUUUUCAAAGGGUGUAUACUGUUAAGAAGGAAAGAGAGACUGGGAGAAAAUGUGCCUAAAGGGACUUGUGUCUGCCCCCUCCCCCAUCCCUCCAUCGCCUCUCUCUACCCUCCCUCCCUCUUCCCUGAGCAGAGCUAGAGAAAGGAGACCAGGACACAAUCUAACUACCUUUGUUAAUUUACCCCCAUAAACAAGAGCAAUUUCCCAGAGAGAGCCACGAGAGGGGGAAAGGGGAAGGCGGGCUGUCAGAUCCAGUCAGAGAGUGAGAGGACGUUGCUUUAUGCAAAAUACAUUAAAAACCUGCUUGAGUGCAAGAGCUUUUUAUAUUGUUAAAAUUUUCCUAUUUUUUUUUUUUUUUUAAAGGGAUAAAGUCCAACUUUACACCCUUUUAGAGAUGCAUUGCAUUCAAGCUUUGAUCAAUAUAAAGGAGAUGCGAUUGCAAGCCUAUACCUGUAGUGAUUCUAUAACGAUAGAUGCAUGUUAAAGGUAUGAUCAGACCGUCAUUAAAAACCCAGUGUAUGUCCUUACAGGAUUAUUAGGCUGUAGGUAUUUUUGUUGUGAAAGGGAUGCUGGUGGAGAUAAAUGUCAAGUGAAUGUUGCUCAGAGCGUCGUACUUCAAAUUGAAGUGAUUUCUAUAUCUUAGCCUUUAUUCGUGGAAACAAAUCAGGGUUCGUGGCUUUUCUUUUCCCACGUUUAUACCGACACAUUCAUAUUCACGUUGCUCUCACCGGUAUAUAGAGAGAGGAGGAGGAGUUUUUUUUAUUUUUUUUAUACCCUCUUCUUUUUCCUACCAUCUCUCACCCUUCUCCCCCUGAAUAAAAAUACCCCAAAUCCAUUUUGAGACAUGCUUAGAAUAAGGAGUAAUCGAUUAUUUUUCUUUCUCUCCCUUCCCAUCUCUGGUUACAAGCAGACUGCGUCUCUCUCACUCACUCACUCACUCACUCACCCUCUCUCCACCUCGCUAUUCCCCAUCUCACUCUCUCUCUCUCUCACACACACACGCAUUUAGGCUGUACACACAUGCACACGCGCGCACGCACACCGCCGCCAGUGUGUGCGCGUUUUAAUGUAAUGCAAUGACCUGCUAGAAAAUUAAUCUACGGAUGUGCGUCCUGCUGAAAAAGCUGUGUGUGAGUGAGUGUGCGUGCGUGUGUUUGACAAUAAAAAGAUGUACUGUAUAUUAUGUGUUUGUAAAGAGAGAAAAAAUGCAGAAUCCCAAAAUUAAAUUGUUUUAUAUUCUUACGGUUAAAACAAUUAAAGAUAUUUAUAUAAUGAA